AUGAACUCAUCACCACCAGAAAUACCUGAAAGUUAUUCUGUUCCUGAAUAUUUUGAUGAUAAUGUUUUACUUAUUGUUAGUAAUCCUAAUAAUUCAAGUAUUCAAGUUCAAUAUGAUGUUGGAGAUAAAUAUAAUAGAUACUCAUGGAUAGGAUUAUUUGAUAUUAAUGAAAGUGAUAAUAGAAAAUAUUUAAAAUAUAAAUACAUUAAUAACUCAAAAGGAAUUAUUGAAUUUAAUUCACUUUGUGAAGGUCAAUAUGAUAUUCGUUAUUUUCCAACAAAUGAAAGAAAUAUAGCUGCAUCUUCUAUUGUGCUUGGUACUCCAAUUCAAAUUAAAGAAGUUAUUCAAGAAGGACAAACAUUAAAAAUUGAAAUAGAAAAUCCACGUAAAAGAGAUAUAUGUUUACAAUUAUAUAAGAAAGGAAUAAAAGAUCGUGUAACUGUUUUAUAUGAAACAAAUAAAUGUAGUGAAUGGUCUAAUUCUACUUCAUUUAUAAUUAAUAUUAAAGGAAUAUUUGGAAAUUAUACAUUAAUUCCAAAAUAUAAAACAUCUUAUUUCACUGUUUGGAGAUAUUAUGGUAUAUUUCUUAUUCCAAUGCGCUGUUAUAUAUCACAAGGAGCCAAAGAUAUACAGUUUUGA